GUCGAGGCCCGCGGUUGAAACUCGAGAGUGAUUGGAUGAAAGCAAGAAAUUUAAGACUUGGCGUUGAAAGCAUGACUAGCGUGCCCUUCGUGCGCGAAUCGCCUUCGUGCUCGCUUCGGCUGCGACGUGGUUCUUCCUGCGUCUCUCGCUCUCUGCAUAUUUCGAUCUAGGACAGAUCUUUGACCCUGCUUGAACUAAGCCGUCCGCAUCAUGGAGCGCGUCUUGCGGGUUGUGAAGCUCCGGCCACGGCCGGGCGACGAGACGGGCGCUGCAGAAGAUAUCACCUGGGACUCGGAAACAAUUGGCGUGAGAGGAUCCAACGUGAAGGAUUUAAAGAUAAAGGUUGACAAGGUGCUCGACACCACGGUAGGGUCCGAGUAUGUCGCAACGAAUUAUGUCACUCCGCUUGCGGCUGAGGUGCUGGCCGGCGUCAGCGGUGUAAUAAUCAUUACACGUCUCCAUGCACUCAUGCAUUGACUUGACAUUUGGUGGUCACCCACUACUGAAGAUCAAGAGGCGCUAUGUAUAUCACCCGCUAACUACGAGGAAGAACUGGAGUCUACGUCCAAGGAACUUCUGAAAGAUGACAACUCAUCGAGGAUGUACCAUUUGUUUAUCCUCAAAGGGCUUGGUAAAUUGUGUAGUCGAGAACUCUGCGGUUGUCCUCCUGUAACUUCAACACUAUGAUUGAUGUCACGCAAAAGUAAAACCACAUUGUCGAUUAGGUUUUUCUGUGUUUCGGAGCGGAGAAGACGGGACGGUCCCGUGUGAUGGAUGGGCGCAACGGUCUCUUUGCGUUGUCUUUGCGGAACGUUUUCUCCAUGUUAGAAGAGAAGCAGCAACGCCGUGCGGCCGCCAGACAACCCCAGAAGCUGGAGUUUGUGGUGCGCAUUUCCUUCUUCGAAAUAUGCGAUGAGAAUGUGCGUGACUUGCUGCGCGACGACAAUCAAAAAGCGGCGGUCGGUCCCAUCCGUUUGAGUGACACCCUUGAGUACGGGACUGUGCUGUUAUGCAUCUGUUCAGAUAAGAAUACUUACAGAAUAAGUAGAAUUCAAUCGGGCAUGUACAGCAAACGGAGAUUACUACUCGAAUAUUUUCAUCUGGUAGACUCGGUAUCUGUAGUGAACAAACUGUGGUCCUGCAACAGGAAGACGCCUCAUGCAACCGCUUGAGUCAUAUGAUCACAGUGCUAUGUCAUCUGACGUAUUGGAAUAGACCGCGAUCGUCCUUGAUGGAGCGAUCCUUUUACGACUAUGCUCUUUCAUUAGCCGAUAAUUGCAGCAGUCCUGCCGUACCGCGAUCGGCCGACGCAAUGAAACUGCUUGAAGCAGGGCUCAAACGUCGAUACAGUUCCGUUUCCCGAAAGCUUAUAACCGGUUUGCGGAUCGAAGUUCUUCAGGACCGAACGAUCUACAGCAACCUACUAGUGUUACGUCUUCGUCUUGUAUACUGAGUCCGGAUUAUUUUGACAUCACAAUUUUUCACAGAAAAAAUGAUCAUGAGACGGGUUGAAAAUCAUGAUGCAAAACAAACUUAAUCUUCUGCAACGACUACACAAGUAAAAAACCACUACUUACGAUCACAAAUUUUUUAUUUUUAUAUCAAAAUUACAGACCAUGACCACGGAAAAAUGCUACAACUAAGUAAUUCACAACUAGUUCAACACAGCAGCUCAUCUAACGAUGUUAGAGGGGCAAACAACGAAUCCAUUAUUGGAGCGGCGAAGCGUAGUACAACUUAGAGAUGGCUACGACGCAUUCCGGAGUUUAUUUCAUUUUCACGAUUUGGUACAGGCAUAUCAUCCGGAUGCAGUUGCGGACGUGCGUCGCAGUUGUCUCACUUGGCUACUCAAUUAUGAAUAUGCAUCUUGUUGCAAAUAAUUGAGAAGAACUAGCAUAAGCAUAUGAGAUGCACUGAUAGUAAGUAAAACAACAUGAUCCGUCGUGAUCGUAAGACGAAGGACAAGGGUGGACUUCCUCAGACCUGCUCCUACAUAAGCGGUUCAUCUUUCAUGAAUAGCACGCUUUGGAUGAGUACUACGUUGUCUAAAAAUAUCAAUUGUACCUUCUUUUGCUCCUUUCUCUCUUGUGAUCCAUUUUCAUUCAAAGGACGUUUUGCAAGGCCAGAAUGCACAGAUGUGCUGUAUGCUGUGUGUGCAGCAGGGAGAGCCACGAGCAACGCGAAAAGGAAUGGAGAUGUUGCAUGGGCUCGGAAACAUUCGACUUGCGCCCGUACGAUACGAUCCACGCGUUUCCGCUUUGUGCCGCGCCAUGCGACGGGAAAUGUUACAAAAAGCAUCAAGCGGCGACGCAGAUGUCGCUGGCGGCAGCGGUGGUGACGCUGGUGCUGUUAGGAUUUUGAUGGACUGCGAUCUUCCAAUAAAUAGUUUUGAAAGACUUUUUUGAAUGAAUGCGGGAGAGCAUGUUCCCUAAUUCUUGCUGCUGUAUUUUCUGUAACGUGAGUACGGCAUCCUGAAUAUUUACGAGUGAUACCAAAGAUGCCACUCGCCAGCUUUUCUCAUUGCUAGCACAACCGACCUAACGAGUUGAGUUUAUUCUCUUUGUAGUUGUAGUCGACGCUUCGACGCUAAGAUACCGGCUUCUGCGGGUGCAGGUGGCGGCAGUGCGGGGAGUUUGUUUAGCAAUGCUGGCACAAGUGGUGUGUCCGGGAACGAGCAGCAGAAACGCAUCAACGCGCUGGAAGGAGAAGCUCUUACACUUGAGGCCCGCCUUGCGAAAUCAGAAAACGAGAAGCGUCGCGCACAGGCGGAUCUUGAGACGCAGAGACGCAAAUAUGACGAAACAUUACUGGCCUUUGUCGCACUGAAAAAGCAACGGCUGCAAAAGGAGAGCGAAAAACUCGAAAAGGCAAGGGCGCUAGUGGAGAUGUCACGGAAAUUUAACAAGCUGGAAGAAAAAUGGGAGAAGGCACAAUACAGGUUUUUCAAAGAUCUCACCCAUUUGUCUAAAUUUGUCCUUAUAUGAAGGUUCAUCUUUCUGCAACGAUGGUAGGAACAUCGAAUUAACAGGCUAGAUGAGCACGAGUACUCUUCGAAAAGAUUGAUUUCGCUUCCUUGAGCUUUUGUUUUUCAGUUCGUCGUCUUUUCAUUGGCUGCGUCUGAAUCGUUUUGUGUCACAGCGCACCACUCCAUUUAUUCGGCCUUGUUUCUUUAUAUUCAACAGCGAGAAAGACAAGCUUGUGAAUUUCGAGAAGGAGAUUGUGGAAUUGACGUUUGAGCGGCAGAAGCGGGUCGAAGAGGCGGAGAAGCUUGAGAAGACCCUCGCAGAGUUACGAUCCGAAAAGGCAGAGCUCGAAGAGGAAGGCGAGAAGGUGAAGCGAGCAUUGUCGCUCGUCAAGUUGGAACGAGCCCGCGGCGAAGGUCAGACGGAGGAAUUAAAUGCAGAGCUAGCAAAGCUGUUGGCAGAAAAGAGCGAGUCAGAGAAAAAGUACGGACAAAUGUCAGUAAAGUACAGCGAAAUAGUGACGCGAUUAGAAACUUUGAACGCGGCGCAAACAGCCAAUGACGACCAGCUGAGCACAUUUCGCGAUCGCGUGGCCAGCCUGAAGACCCAACUAGAACGUGAAACGCAACGCAGCUUCGAAAAAGGGGAAAAAGUUGAAGCGUUGCAGCAAAAAGAGAAAGAGUUGUUGUUAUGACGUAACUUUAAGGUUGGUAUUCCACGUAGUUUUGAUAUUUUUCAGCAGCAGCUGACAUACAACCACUUUCGCUGAAGAUUAACACCGUGCUCUUCUCGAAUUCGUUGCUUUUUACAAUUUCUUCUAAGUCUAGCACGACUGAACACGCUAGAAUCGGAGGGCCUGGAACACGAGAAGGAGACGUUAGAACUGAAAAAGACAGCCGAGAGCGAGAGGAACCAGCGAUCUGUAAAGGAGUUGGAGAUCGAAAGGCUGAAGCAGGAGUUCGAGCAUGUGAAAACGGGGAUGGAGAAAGGUUUUCUGGCAUUGACGAAGCAGUUGAAUCCGAGCGACGUAUUCAAGCAGGCAGGCGAAGCAAACGAAUGGGAAAUCACACGGCUGAAAAAAACGGUCGAGGACUUGGAGCUACGUUUGUCGGAGGCCCGACAGCAGAUGGUCUCAAGCCCCGUGACGAGUCCGAAGCGGGAGCGUCGCGAAGAGCAGCUGCAUGAGGAAAUUAAGCGGCUGCGGCAUGAACUCAAGCACCAACGCCAAGAGCAACAGAAGCAGGAACAGGCGGAGACGGCAAAAACGAUAUGAGAACAACACGAGGGUCCGUGUGCUUUUAGCAAAUAAGGUACUUACGUUUCGAUUAGCCCUUUCUUGUUUGUUUCCUCAUAAAGUUAACCAAAAAAUAGUUUUCGUACCAUACCUAGGUCGGAUUCCUGGAUUAUUAUAUGUAGAUUCUAAGUGGCUCAGAAGUCACGUUUUCAUCAAACGGAUCUGCCGCGACUGUGCACCGCAGUGACGCAGAGCGGGAAUUGCACGACGCGAAUUUGCAAUUGAAGCUAGAGCUUGAGGCGGCAGAGUCGCGGGUUCAAGAACUGGAGGACCGCACGCGGCGCUUGGAGCUUUUGCAAAACGACGGGCGGGACGGCGGGGCGCCCGACGAGCAGGCUUUGCGCCAGCAGUGUCGCUAUCUGGAAGCCAGUGUUCUGGAAUUGGAGCAGGAACGCGCGCGCCUUCUUUUAUGGCUUACCGUGACCCAUCUUCUGGAGCAUCUUAGAACCGUCCCAUACGGGGAAAACAGGCCCAAGAUUAAUCCCGAGAUGGAUUCGGGUGAGCACGAAUUCUUGUUCGCGCCACCAGUGCCGAAGAACAGCUUUCCGAAGUGCAGUUCCAAAUGCAGGACCUCAUCCGGGAUUACGAGGCGCAACUAGCGGCUCUAAGAAGAGGCGCGGGCUGAAGAAACUAUAAUGUAUAAGAUAAGGGAUAGUUGUAUACUCCCAAACAGGAGAGGUUCAUUAUGUUGAUCCACGGGUAGUCUUGGGUGGAAAAGAUUAAAUUGGGAGAAUUAUCAAUCGUAUGACCAAGUCUUCUAAGCAAACUAUUCUUACCGACAACCUAUUGCUUAAAACACAAUCACAAAUUCGUUUUUGUCUGCAGGAUCGAACCAACACUCCUUGUCGGCAUGAGCUCAAGCCUGAACUUGUUGCUGUUGAUUGAGAUGAAUAGAACUAGUUCGUAUUAACUUGUUUCAAAGCUCGUGCACAGCUGAAUAAAAAUGCCAAUGACAUUGUCACCCAGGAUGCUACGCAUGUCCUCGCAUCUCAAAGGC